UAUAAUCACUAAUCAGUAUGUUGAAAAAUAUACGCACGCUUUCACGGUUUUCGAACAAAGUGAAAUUUUGUGGCUUUCGCUCGUGUACGAAUUCGUAUUGUGCCAAUAUGUCCAACGAACAGGAGAAGCCUCGAGAAAAGGCGCAGGAGAAGCCUUCCAAAGUCCAAUUGAAGACGCCCAAGGGUACACGAGACUACGGCCCCGAACACACGGCCAUACGGAAUGAUGUACUCGGACGGAUCACAGAAGUGUUCAAGCGUCACGGCGCCGUCAACAUCGACACACCGAUAUUUGAGCUCAAAGACGUGCUGACGGGUAAGUACGGCGAGGACUCAAAGCUCAUCUACGAUCUUGCCGAUCAAGGUGGCGAAUCGCUGUCGUUGCGCUACGACCUGACCGUGCCGUUUGCACGUUACCUGGCCAUGAACAAAAUCACCAACAUCAAACGGUACCAAAUUGCCAAGGUGUACAGGCGAGAUAAUCCGUCAAUCACCAGGGGCCGUUACAGGGAAUUUUACCAGUGUGAUUACGACAUAGCCGGCCAAUACGAUGAGAUGAUACCGGAAGCUGAAUGCGUGUUUGUCGCCGCUGAAAUAUUGAAAUCGUUAGAUGCAGGCAAGUUCAAAGUGAAAGUUAAUCACAGGCUACUGUUGGACGGUCUUUUUGAAUCUUGUGGAGUACCGACAGAGAAGUUUAGGACAAUUUGUUCUUCAGUAGACAAACUGGACAAAUCACCGUGGGAAGAAGUUAAAAACGAAAUGAUUAACGAAAAAGGAUUGGCCGAAGAAGUAGCCAACCAAAUCGGAACAUAUGUGCAGAUGAACGGAACUGAUGAACUGGUCACAGCUCUGUUCAAAGACGAACUGCUUACUAAGUCUAAAAUGGCAGUACAGGGACUUGAAUCGAUGAAACUGUUUUUCGAAUACAUUAAAGUUUUUGGAAUUGAAGAUCUUGUAUCUUUUGAUUUAAGUUUAGCUAGAGGUUUAGAUUACUAUACAGGAAUAAUUUAUGAAGUAGUGUUAUUAGAUAAAGGCGAGUCUGUUGGCAGUGUUGCUGGCGGUGGCCGCUAUGAUAACCUUGUGGGUAUGUUCCACCCGAAAAACAAAACCAUACCAUGUGUGGGCAUAUCUAUUGGUGUUGAAAGGUUGUUCACUGUAAUCGAAGCCAAACUCGCUAAAGAGAAACAAAAGGUGCGUACAACAGAAGUGCAAGUGUUUGUAGCUGCUGCUCAGAAAAACUUAGUUGAACACAGAAUGACAGUGUGCAAAGACUUGUGGAAUGCCGGUGUAAAAGCUGAACAUUCGUAUAAGAAAAACCCCAAAUUGUUGGCUCAACUACAGCAUUGUGAGGAGAAUGAAAUUCCAUGGGCUGUCAUAAUCGGUGAAGAAGAAGUAGCUAAAGGUGUAGUUAAAUUAAGAAAUGUUAUUACUAGGCAAGAGGAUGAAGUUAAAAGGGAAGACCUCGUUGAAGAAGUAUUCAAAAGAUUAAAUAUUAAAAACUAAUUAUAUACUAUUUUUUUUAAAGUAAACUUUUUGGUAUUAAGUAUUUUUUUUUUUUAUUAAGUGGUUUGUUGAGUGGUUUAUUCCUAAUAAAAAUAAAAACAAUCUAUUUUUUA